ACAUCCAUUCACCACUACCGGCACCGUAAUCUAAAUGCCAAGCCAGGUGAUUCAGGAAACACCAUCGCAGAAGAGCGAGAAGCUGGCUGUUUUCGUAAAGGCACGUCUCUGCGUCGUCAAACUCGUGUGGUGCAUGGCCGAACGGGGUUGUGCCGUAGUGCGGUAGUGUCUUUGAAUAUUUUUAUUUUUUUUAUCAUCACCACAAUUUGUUUUCCAAUUUGUUUCGGCUAUUAUCUACAACGAACGGUGAUUGUUAUGAAGUUGCAGUUGCAGUGAAUGCAGUUUUCUGGUGGCACUUCUUGAGCGUAAGACAACGUGAAAGGUGAAAAUCAAUUGAUGUCCCAGAGUAUGAAAGUGGAUUAAUACCGAGUAGCGGAAUCUUGGAACGAAUCGAAAGUUCGAACCGCCCCACCAACAUAAUCAAAAGUGUACCGUUUUUCUAAUGGAGCCACAUAAUUUCGAUAUCAAGCCAAAUCUACAACAGAUGAAACUGGAACCCGGAACGCAACAGUUUGGCAGCAGUCUAGAUGACAAAGGUCCGAGCCUACAGCACCUGACCUCGCUGAACAGCAUGAGUGUGGAGCUGUGCCUGGUGUGCGGCGAUCGAGCAUCCGGUCGACACUAUGGCGCCAUCAGCUGCGAAGGCUGCAAGGGAUUCUUCAAACGGUCCAUCCGCAAACAGCUCGGCUACCAAUGUCGGGGGUCGAUGAACUGCGAAGUGACGAAACACCAUCGCAACAGGUGUCAAUACUGUCGACUGCAAAAGUGCUUGGCGUGCGGAAUGCGAAGUGAUUCCGUGCAACAUGAACGCAAGCCCAUCAUCGACAAAAAGGAUGGCUCGGGUGGGCCCAACCCGAACAGCAAAUACAACCCACACCGCAACAAGGAGUAUCACAAUGAGCAGAAACCAAACGCAACCGUCACGCCUGCCUACCUGAACUUGUUCCAAGGGUUCAAUCUGGCCGAAUUGGCGGUCGCAAAUCUCAGCAAACGGGCCAGCAAAUCCCCACCCGCUCCGUCCCACCUGACCUCAACCAGCACAACCACAUCUUCCAAUCCGUUCAGCUCGUUACAUUCCUUCAAAUCUCAGGAUGACCGUCAACCGACUCCAGCAGAUUCCAUUGCCGCCCUCAUGCAGUUAGGCCCAUCGGCGGCAGCAGCCGUAGCCAUGUCCGGUCUGGGGCCUCCUCCUCAACAACCACCCCCAUCCCUGGAACCUCCGGAAAUCCCUCCGAAACCAACCCCUCCAUCCACCCAUUCACUUCCGAUGGACACGACGGAAAGCAACUCGAUGGAAAAGAACCUCAUUUGCAACUCGCUGGAGUUCAUUCAGAAUCUGGAGCACGAACUGAACAACAGUGUGAACAACAACUACGGUAUCAAGUCGGAGUUGAAUAACGGGCGCGAUGACGACCGGGACGAGGAUUGUCUGAACUACGAUUACGGCAGCCUGGAGCUGUCGGACAAUUGCAUCAGUUUCGACAUCCAGGUGCCGAACGUGCUGCCCAACUAUCUGAGUGCGCACUAUGUGUGUGAAACGGGAUCGCGACUGCUGUUCGCCACGGUACACUGGAUGAAGAAGAACCACCUGUUCUCGAUGUUGAGUGAUUCCUUCCAGUCGGAGUUGAUGCGCCAAACUUGGCCAGAAUUGUUCAUGAUCGGAUUGGCCCAAGCCAGCGGCCAGCUGGCCUUCAACACCGUAAUGCUGGCCCUGAUCCAGUACAUGAAGACUCUGAUUUUGAACAAGAAAUACGGCAGCGACGUCAUCAACUACCUGACAAAGUACAUACUGCUUAUACAGGAAUUUGUUUCCGAUGUCCAAAAGCUAAACCCCACCGAUCAGGAGUUUGCCUACUUGCGGUUACUCUGCAUUUUCAAUCCAGACAACAUCCUCCAGGACAACGUCAAGAAUCAGCAUCUGGCCAAAAUACAAGACAUGGUGCUCGCCAGCUUCCGCGAUUACUACAAACAGAAACACACCCGACUGAUGGCGAGUCGGAGCGAGGAGAACAUCCGCGGUGGCCAGGAUGACGAAGACGAUUACUACGAAUCUAGCCACCAUCAGCAGCAACGACAACACCGGCAAAACCUGGAGCAACGGUUGGUAACCCUGCUGAUGAAGUUGCCGACACUGCGUGCCUUAAAUUCGAAAAGAGAUCUCGAAGAUCUCUUCUUCAGCACCCUGAUCGGGCAGGUGCAGAUCGAGAGUGUGCUGAUGUACAUCUUGCAGACCAAUGACGGAGCGACCUCUUUCUCCAAUCUGGUUCGAAAUUAUGGGGCCAACGCAAUCCCCGUCGGUUCCGGUGGGUCUCACAUGGACAGCGAUGAUUGAGCGGUGGAUUUCAACAGUCUAGUAUAAGAAACGAAUUAGCGGUAACCACCAAUGGGCAUAGAACAAUAAAUGUGCGGCCUAGUGCGAUGAUUUCGAUGGAACGCAUCCAUGAUUGUUAUUUCUUUAUAUACGAGACUUUCAGCCUAUGGCUGGUUUAACUCGAGGAACACAUCCAUUGUUACAGACGGAUCUUAUUAAUCUCUCGACUGAUUACACAAGAAAUGAAAACGAAGCACUCAGAUUGAAUUUACUCCCAGAAAAUAUGUAUUGCGUGGCUCUCCCGAAAGCCAAAUAUGUAGUUGAUCAAAAUCUCUUCCAAAGUCUGCAUAACAAAAGUUUUAAAAUACGUAUUUGAAUGAAAAAACAUAUUUAAGCAUUAAAUUUUGUAAGAAAUAAUUUCUCGUUGUAGUUCUGAUUAGGCAGCGUUCUUCUAAAAAUAAUAUGCAAGUAUUAGUAGAAAACCACACGAUCAUACAAAUUAGCACCUAAGCUUAAGUCAAAUUGUUUACUUAAUUAAUACAAGGCAAAAUGAUUAUGUGUAAUACCUUCGAAUAGUAUGCAUACUAAAAUGGAGGCAGCUAGUUGAACUAAAAAACCGAAUCAGUGAGAGCGUACCUGUAUAAGGUGUAAAAGACAUUUCUUUGAGAAAUGGUCCAUAAUGUGUGAGAGGGAAUUCAAAAUUUUGUUCAGGAUUUAACCGAUGUAACAUUUAGGAACUGAUAGCGUAGAAGAUAUAAUAAUUUGCAUAUAUAGAACAAAAAAUAAUCAGAUUAGCGUAUAUUUUCUCAGAUUUAUUUAAUUAGGAAUAACUUGUUAUGUAAGAAAACAAAUAAAGAGAUAUUUAUAAACAUUGAAAAA